UUUGUAUAUACCGCAAAACGAAGGAGUUUAAAAAAAUUUAUUAGUAAUAUGGAUGCGAAUAAAUCAUUUUUAGUAGAUUUUUUAGCCGGUGGGAUAUCUGCAGCCGUUUCGAAAACUGCAGUCGCACCGUUAGAAAGAGUGAAGCUGUUGCUUCAAGUACAAGCCACUUCGAAACAAAUACGCCCGGAACAGCGGUACAAGGGUAUGAUGGAUGCAUUUAUACGUAUACCGAAAGAAACUGGUUUCAUCAGUUUUUGGAGAGGCAAUCUAGCUAAUGUUAUCCGAUACUUUCCAACCCAAGCGCUGAACUUUGCGUUUAAAGACAAAUUCAAGAUUUUGUUCUUGGAGGGUGUGCCGAAAGAUGCAUUUUGGAAACAGUUCGCUGGCAACUUAGCAUCCGGUGGCGCUGCCGGUGCAACGUCUUUGUUAUUUGUUUACCCGCUUGAUUUUGCUCGUACAAGAUUAGCCGCGGAUAUUGGGAAAGCAGAUAAAAGAGAGUUUAAAGGUCUGGGUGAUUGUUUGGUAAAAAUUUUCAAGACUGACGGCUUCUUUGGGUUAUACAGGGGUUUUAACGUAAGCGUUCAAGGGAUCAUCAUUUACAGAGCAGCGUAUUUCGGUCUUUACGACACUUCGAAAAGCAUGCUACCCGAUCCAAAGAAUACUCCAUUGUAUAUUACAUUUCUAAUCGCGCAGGUAGUAACAACAGUUGCUGGAAUCAUAUCGUAUCCUUUUGAUACUGUUAGAAGACGUAUGAUGAUGCAAUCGGGGCUCAGUAAAACAGAGAUAAUGUAUAAAAAUACAUUGGACUGUUGGGUUAAAACAGCCAAAACAGAAGGAAUCGGAGCAUUUUUUAGAGGGUCGCUUUCAAAUGUUCUUAGGGGAACCGGCGGAGCAUUAGUUUUAACUUUGUACGAUACGAUGAAACAUAAAAUUGAUGAACUGCUAACUAAAAAAGAUUCGCCUACGCGAUCCAACUAA